AUGAUACCAAAUGAGCAAUUUCAAAAAUUGUUGUAUGAUUUGUUUUGUUUGUGGCACAGUGUGCAGCGGCAUUAUGAUCCACCGAUUACGGAUUCUGAGGAGCAACGAAUGCAUAAAGUAAGUUUUUGAGGAGAAUUUUGAGUGUGGGUGGGGACUAGAAAUCCAACAUUUUUAGAGGUUCUAGGCCACAGAAUGUCGUUUUUCGGUUUCUACAGUCCACCACAUAAUUUUACCCACAGGGAGACUAGAAAAGUAAAAUGUUGGUUUAUUAGGCCAUGAAAUCGACACAAAUUUGGGUUUCUAGGCCACCGGGGACUAGAAACGUACAUUUUUGAGUUUCUAGGUCACCAGAGACUAGAAAUUAUAGAUUUUUGGCUUUCUAGGCCACUGACCACAGUGUCCCGAACGCGUAUUGCGCCAGCACUCCACACUCCACACACUCUCUCGUUUUCUCUCUAUCUCUCAUCCGUCUCUUCAACAAAGCGCACUCUCUCAUCUUUUUUUGCGCUUUUGUUUUCUUGCUGAAAAAUGCUGGAAAUGUUAUUUUUGUAACUAAAUCGAAUAUGGAGAAGCCAGAGGAAGAAAAAUUGAAGCUAUUCCAAGUUGUUUCAUGAAAAAUGGUUGAGAAUGAAAUGAACAAGAGCUCUUCAAAAAAUACCUUGUGCAAAAACAUCAUUUUUGACCCAGGAAAGCUGAUAAAAUCUAGUUUACUGCUUCCAAAACAUUGAAAUAGGACUCCUCGAGUAUGUGGAAUCAAUAAUAAUUCAAAAUUAUGCCGUUUUUGUUAUUUUCUUUUCCAUCGAAAUUCGCCCAAAAUUGAACAAAAAACCAGAUUUCAGAAGUUUAUUUUGAUCAAAUGAUUCUUAAAACACCUUGAAAGUAUUCUAAUUUACAUAUUUAUCAUGAAACAAGUGCCGAAUCACAUUUUUCCUUCAUAAAAUUUGAAUUGUUUCUCUUCAAAAGAUAUUAACUAACUUAUUUUGAAUCCAAUCUUCACAUUUUUUAUAUCAAAACGUUCCUCUCAUUAUUCUCCAAAACAUAUAGCUCAGUUUGGGAGUUUUCAUGCAAGUAUAACUGAAUUCUAAUCGUUUCAAGAAAAAACCUAGUGUUAAAUUUUCAAAAAAACGACAAACAGGCUUGUGCGCUCUACCGUACAUGCACGAAAAAUGCGCACAACUUUUCUCUGGCUACGCGUUGGGGGCACUGUGCUGACAAGUCUCUGAAAAUCCCAAAUUUCUUUCCACGUGGAAAAUGUUAUCAGAAAUUCAAAUUUUUCAAUUUUAAAAUUCCACAAGGCAAAUUUGGAUUCAAAAAAUAUCGUGAAUUUUUCCAGGUAAAAAGUUUGAUUUGCAAACUUCUAACCGAAAUCGACGGCCGCGUCAACCGAAUCAAACAAAACAAUCAACAUCCACGUGGCCAAGAUUUCUACGAAGAAUGGACAAUGUUGACGUGGAAUGUUUUGUGUAUAACAAGUCGCCUGCAAAAUUCGAUAACCUCAACAAUUGUCUCAAACGAGGAUAAAAUGAUAUAUUCGCGAUUGAAUCAAGCGUUGGUUGAACUCGUCAAUUAUUCUCGUGAUUUUCUGCCUUUCCCAAGUUCCGGCGAUAUUGAUCCCGAAUAUUUGAGUCUGAAGGAGAAAAUGAAUCAUACGAUGAUGAAUUUGCAUGGAUUGUAUCGACAAAUGAAUAGUGAAUUGUAUCAGACACCAGAUGAUGUUGAGGAAUUUAGAUUGCACUUGCAGGUGAAUUUUUGGGAGGUUAAAACAUGGAAAAUGAGCCUGGGAGGUGGUUUUGAGGCUGAAAAUCAUGAAAAUUUCCCCUCAAACCCUCAAUUUCUUUUUCCAGCAAUUUGGUGAACAAUUGCUCAUCCCAUGUCUUGAACAAUACAAAACAUUUUGCAACAAAAAUUGUCAAAACCUCUGGCAUCAAGUUCGCUCAAUUCAAAUCGCCAAAAUGCGCGAGCAAACAUCGGAACCAACCACGGAAAAUCCAAAUCCGAACACUGAAAUCGAGACGCUCGUCACAUUCUAUUCAAAUAUGAUGUAUGUUUUGGCUGUUUUGGGAGCUCGUCUUCAAGGAUUUCGAUAUGAUUUGACGGUGAAUAAGAAGUUCUUCAAUUUCGAUCCGGUUUUACCACUCAGUGAAGCGGUUUUCGCUAGUUUGGAGCUGCUGAUGAGCAAUUGUGUUUUGGCGACUGAACCGAGCACUUCUGCUAUUUUGGUUACCAAUAAUUUGUUCGCGUGAGUUUUUCGGGAAAUCGUGAGCCCCUGGAGAUUUUUAGAGCCAAAAUUUAUUAUUUUUGAGUAUUUUUGGAGCUUGGUAGCUUUUUGGGCCUAAAACCCAGAUUUUGAGGAUAUUUGGACAAUUUUGAGCCCAAAUUCACCAUAUAUCAAGCCACGCCCCCUUUUUGCGAUUUUCGGCAUGGUUUUGAAGUAUUUUGAACCUAAAUAUGACUAGAUUUAAGCCACGCCCCCUUUUUUCAAUUUAGGGCGCAUAUUCUGAAACGUGAACGUACUUGGAUUCAAAAACCAUGCCGAAAACUUGCAAAAAAGGGGCGUGGCUUAAUUUUGGCCAACAACUAGCCUUGUUGGGUAUCAAAAUGAUCCAUUUUCCAUAUGAAUUUUGAACUUUCACCUCAAAAUUUCAGAAAAUCCCAAUUUUCAUGAAAAAUAGGCUUUUGAGAUAUCAAAAUGAUCCAAAAUUUCCCACCAAAAACCUAAUUUUCAUUGCAGAAUGAAUUGCGGAGCUCUGGCACGUGGAGUUGUUUUCAAAGAUUUCGAAAUUCAAGUGGUUUCCGAAGAAACUGCCGAACACAUUCAAUCGGACAUGUCAAGACAACGACUCCUACAACAUCCGGCUCCAAUUGGUCUGGCUCCAUCAGCUGCACUUUUGGCAAUGAAACCGACGACUGGAACGAAGAGAAGUAAUGCAGCUAGUAAUGGAGGUGAGAAAUUUGCUCAUUUUUUAAUUUUUUCAUGAAAAAUCUGAUUUUUUGAUACCAAACAUGCCUAAUUUUAACACCACGCCCAUUUUUUUUGCAAAAUAAUGUUUUUGGAGCAUUUUGAUCCCAAAUAUGCAAAGAAAAUCCCCCCUGAAAGGGGGCGUUACCUAAUAUAUUUCAUAUUUGGCCUCUAAAUGCUCCAAAAAGUGUGCCGCAAAUUGCAAAAGUGGGCGUGGCCUCAACCCAGCCAUAUCUAGGCUCAAAAUGUACCCCAAAAACCCGAAUUUCACUCUGCAGAUUCCGCCAACAAUACGGCUCACAAAAAAUCCGAUGUGAACAGCAAAGAAAGUGUCAUCAUCUAUCCGGUCUACAACUCGAAAAAUCGAUAUUGGGCCGCAAAUUAUCCGCAUCUAUUGUGCACAACACGACAAAAAGGCCGACAUUCGAUGCAGAAUUCGUUUCAGGUAGGCAAAUUUUUUCGGGAUUUUUGUAGAAAUUUUUUGAAAAUCUGAAGUUUUUCCACCAUUUUUCAUUAAAUUCUGAAAAAAAACACGAUUUUUACACCAAAAAUUGAGCAUUGCUCAUGUUAGUGAAAAAAUAAAAAUUUUGCCACGUGGAAAAACUUCGUUUUCAAAAACAUUUUUGAGCAUUGCUCAUAUUAGGAAAUCCGAAAAAAAAAACAAUUUUUAAAAAAAUAUAAGCAUUGAUCAUGUUAUGGAUCAAUUUAUGGGGUGAGUCAUAAAAAUAAAUUUCGCGACAUUUUUUGUCGCGAAAUUGCAAUUCGUGAAACGACACAAAAUAAACACAAAAAUAAAUGGGGCUAUUCAUGUUAUUUUUCAACGCUGAGAAAACGGGAGAAAAGCGGAGAAAACCUAUUCAGGUAGGCUGAGAAAAUACGAAAAAAGCGGAGAAAAUGUAUUUCCUCCGCAUUUCUCCUGUUUUCUCAACAUGCUGAGAAAAUACAUGAAUAGCCCCAAAAGGAGAAAUAUUAAAGGGAUACGUGAUCGCUGCGAGACCCAACACACGAAAAAAGAAUUUCCUCUUUUAUUUUAUUAAUUUCGUGUCGUGUUCGCGAAUUGCAAUUUCGCGACAAAAAAUGUCGCGAAAUUCAUUUUUUCUUCAGAUGAAUUGAUCCAUUAGGAAAAUUUUGAAAAAAAACACAGAUAGCUGGAAAAUUUUUGAAAACUUAGUUUUGAGCAUUGCUCAUAUUAAUAAAUCCCAAAAUCUUCUAAAAAUAACGACAUUGCUCAUGUUAACCAAUAUUUUUCCGCAGGAUCUAUCGCCGUCUUCACAAAUCGACAAAUCCUCCAACGGAAAACGUCCGAUUUUUUAUUUUCACAUUCGAGCCACAAUGUUUAGUCCAUCGGGAAGAUUCGCCACAGCUCACACACUUUCACUGCCUUUUACAAUUGCGACACGAAGAAAUCAGGUUAGAUUUUCUGGGGAAUUUCAAAACGCCGUGAGAAACGCGUUAAAAUGAGCCUUAACAUCAUAGGGGUCUGAGAGUUGACUUUAAUUAUCUUAUGAACUUUAAAAAUUCAUCUUACGAACCUUAAAAUGACUUCAAACAGCUUAGGUACCCUGAAGUUGACCCCAACUUUAAUUACCUUAGGAACCCUAAAAUUUCCCUUAUUUCAAUUUAUGUUUUCCCUAUCAUGUUUAUGCUCAUUUUAAAGCAAAUUUCCCACGAAUGUUACCCUAGUCACCUUAAUUACCCUAAUUUUUCCAGGAUUGUCAAGUUCAACGAAUGAUGUCCUCCUACACGGCCACAAUUUUCUGGCUUUAUGGCUGUAAUUCACAAGAUGGACUUCUUCUACAAUGGAUUGAUGGUGGAAUGCAUUGGGAUCAUUUUAAGCAUCUUUUUAAGCAGCAUUUUAAGGUAAGACUUUAAGGAACUUUACAAGAUUAACCUGAGCAAUCCCUAUUUUCUAAUGCUUGUUCAGUUGUUUAAAAAAUUGGAAAUUGCUCAUGUUAGUCCCAAAAUUAUUUAAUAUUAGGAUGAUUUCUAGGCAGAAUUUCGAAUUAAACUAACCAUAUGAGCAAUUCAUAUUUUUAAGCUAGUAUUGCUCAUGUUAAACCGUUUAUCGAUUUUUCUUAGGUCAACGCUGCUGUCCAACGAAGUCUGGUCGAUGGAGAUUUCGAUCUUCUGAAGUACAAACUUCAAUGUCCGGAUUGUUGCUCAGGUCAAGAUGGAGCACGUGUAAAUGGAGCACAACGUGAGUUUGAAGCCACGCCCACAAAACCCUGCCGCACCCGUUUUUCUCUUGAAACUCUUGAAAUUAGGCCACGCCCAUUUUCUGCAACCCUCACGUUUUUUUCAGAAAUUGUCACGUUCAAAAAUGUGCUCUGUCCUCAUUUGCGAUAUGAAUGUGGAAGUACAAAUGUUCGAUUUUCGGUAAGUUUUUUUUAGCAUUGCUCAGGUUAGAGCUGAGCAAUGUUUUUAACAAGCUUUGAAAAUAAAAUUUCUCAUAUUAAAAAAAUGUUGGAACUUUGAUUAAAAUCUUAACCUGAGCAAUGCCUAUUUUAACUGAAAAAAUAAAAUUGCUGAAAAAAUAAAAUUGCUGAAAAAAUAAAAUUGCUAAUGUUAAAAGUCGAAAAAAUAGUUCAAAAAAAAGAAAGUUGCACUGCUCAGAUUAAAAACAAUUCCCAAAUUUAAUUCCAGGUUUGGCGUGGAAUGCUGGAAUUGCUCCAAAUUUUCCACGAUUCUAGAAACAAUGUUCGAAAAUUGUGGGAAAUGGGACUAUUGAUGGGAUUCUUGGAGUUUGCCGAAGUCGAUCAGAUUUUGGAACAACACAAAUCGGCGCUGAUUAUGCGGUUGAGUUUUGUCACCGGAGGUAAGGCUAAAAUGAGCAAUUUUGAGCGAAAAUGCUCAAAUUUGAGCAAAAAUCACGAUUUUUUGCACCCAAUUCCACCCCAAACCCUCAAUUUCUCUACAGGAACCAUAUGCUUCACUGUAAAAUCCACCGCACAUACUUUGGACGCAAAAGCCACGCGGCCAAUUCAUUUGGAACCUCUGGAUCUGAAACGACUUCAGCAGAAAUGUUUGAAAGAUUAUUUGCGAGAUAUUUCGGAUGCGGAAAAGGUGAGUGGAGCAUUUUUGAGCCCGAAUUCACAUUUUUUAGCCAAAAAACUUAAUUUUUGAGUAAAAUUUAUGAAUUUCAGCGAUUUUCAUCCUAAAAAUCCCAAAUUUUUCAGGUCAAAUACAUUUUAAAUGCGCGCCAAGAAGUUGUUCGAAUCAGUGACGUCAUCGAACAACUCGGACCCGGAAGUCAACAAAAUGAAAUGACAGAUAGUCGAGAUAUUUCGAGUAAUAUUACACAUAUGGGCGAUAUUGAUACGAUGCAACAUAUUAGGUACGGUAUUUGGGGAUUUUGGUCUAAAAAUGGUGAAAUUUGACCGAUUUUGAGCAUUUUCAGCCGAAAUCUGAAAAACUUAUGAAAUUUUGGACUUGAAAACUUUUUGCCGUCAAAAAUUGGCAUAAUUUUGAGCAUUGUUAUUGUAUUUCACAUAAUAUGAGCAAUGUUGCAGAUUCACCGCCAUGCGAAUUGCUGUUGUGACGUGUAAAGUCAAACCGCCAUCAGCUGAUCAGGACAAUAAUUUGGAAAUUGAGAGACAGUGAGUUGCUAUGACAGGCCUAACAAGCCUAAAAGGCUCAGGCUUUGUAAGAUUAACCUUAAGGCCUUAGCCCAAGCCCAAUUUUGCAGCUUCUCCAACUACGGUCGCCUCCAACCGAUCUACGGAACCCGCGACGACGAUUUUCUGCGCGAAUUAGUCCAACUCGCAAAUUCUUACGGUAAAUCCAAACAGGAUCUUUUUGAAAGCCUCGAUUUCGUCCACGAUCCCACAUUUUCCACAUCAAACGGUGGACCGAUUCUACGAAAAGCCUCAUCGAUUUAUGACUCGUCCGGGCCGUCGUCGAUCACUGGACCUUCUGCACAACAUCAGAUGAUUAGUCCACCACCGAUUCCACCAAAGGUAGGGGGAAUUUUGAGCUGAUAUACUGUAAUUUUGAAUCCCAAACACCAACCCCUUACAGUACCUUUUUUUCAGACAUCUCCAACUCUUCCAACUUUUGCUCAUCAGGCUGAAAAUAAUUUGUUUGAAUUUUGA